CCUUGAUCCUGCGAGGGCCGCACAUGCAUCAUUUUUGCUCCCCUCCCCCGUUCUAAAUGAGUCCGUCAGGACUGGAAUUGCAUUUAAUUUGCCAAGAUGAAGCCGGGGAAGCGACUGAGAGAGGGGAGGGAAAACGACGCCCCUGCGAAACGCACGCUGCCUGCACACCACUGCAGCACUCAAAUUGCUGCCAGUCCCGGGAAUGUCAAGAGUGGACACCCACACGGAAUACAGGGCCAUGUCGACCUCGAUUAUUCUGACGAGCCAAUGACAGAAGCGGUACCAAGCAGACAAAUGAUUUGCUAUGGAGCAUUGUUCGAGACGAAGGCAAAAGCGAGCUUCCUCAAACAUGCAAAUGUUUCAGCCCUGCCCUGGUCUCGCUUCCAUGCUUUUCAAGUUGCACAGCGUGGGGGCUUGUACUGCCUGUUGGAGCUCGCCGAGGGCGUUGAACACAAUUUUGCUGAGUUGGAUGUCCUCACCACAUCUCAUUUGCGCGCCUUGAGCAAAUUUCAGGACAUCUCAUUCAAUGCAGUCAUCAACUCCGCCAGCCUAGAAAAAGUCUCCAGGAAGAAGACCAAGAAGACGACGGUUAUAGAUGUUACAAUCAACAUUUUGGGACCUGAAGUUCUGGCUGAAGACGUUGGAGAACGACUUGCUGAUUCUUCCGCGUAUCUCCAACACCCUGUCUUCCUCCAGGCAGGUAUAAGAUACUUGAAUCCGCAUUACUUUUACUUGGAUGGGAUAAUGUCAGAUCUGAGCCAUCUGGUUGGCCCUAUACAGGAGGAUGCGAGAUCUACCCGUGUUUCCCAAGGAAUUGAGAAUGUUCUUCAAUCUUUGGGAAGCGCGAUGACCAUCACAAAUUCCGAAGAAUACAAUAUCGAGAACAUGGCAAAUAACUUCUUGGCUGCUACUAAGCUAAAAAGACAUCAAAUCGAGGGCAUUAGGUUCGUCCUUAGCCGAGAAGACUCAGGCUUCUGCCACAACAUGAAUCGCGAUCUUUUGAACCUGAUCGAUCCAAGUCUUAGUCGACAUCUUUCCCCAUGCCUUGGUGGGAUCAUUGCGGAUGCCAUGGGGCUGGGCAAAACCCUGACUAUGUUGGGUGCGAUUGUAUGCGCAAAACUCACUGCGAAUGGGCGUCUAGACAGGGAUGGAGCUGAACCGACGUCGCCUGUUUUGACCAACGCGACAUUGGUGGUUUUGCCCUCUAAACAGGUAUUGGACGUCUGGGAUUUUGAAAUCAAGAGGCACUUUAAGUCACACACUUUAGACGUCGGCUUCUUUCACGGAGAUGGACGUGCAAAGACCCCCGACGUGCUCAUUGAACAUGACGUCGUGCUAACAACCUACCGUACUCUAGCGGCUGAUUGGAGAGGCAAGAAAGUCCUCCAAAACAUUGCAUGGCUUCGAGUGACCUUGGAUGAAGCACACUGCAUUCGGAACGAAGAUACCAAGCUUUUCAAGGCUGUUGAGAGCUUGACUGCGGAAAGGAGAUGGUGUCUGACAGGAACACCCAUCCAGAACAGUCUGCAUGAUUUGAGAUCGCUGAUGAGGUUUCUCCGACACACUCCUCUGAUGGGUACCAAGGUCUUUGAAAAGCACAUUAUCGAUCCUAUUCGGAACGAAUCUGAGGAUCACGAGCAAUUUAGAAACCUUCAGCUGCUUCUUCGCGUCAUUUGCCUUCGCAGAUCCGAGAAGUGUCUCAAAUUGCCUCCAUCAGUCACCGAGAUGGUUCCAGUCGUCCAAACCAAAGAAGAAUCUGCGCAAUACCAAAAGAUUCUCGAAGACUGCCAAAAGGAAUUUGAUAGACAAGUUUGCACAAACCCGAAUCAAAGCAAAUCCUUGAUUCUCUUUGCCACGAUCAUCAAGCUUCGAAGACUUUGCAACCACGGCACUAUUCCACAGGAAAAUACGGACCGGGUGUCACCAAUCCCAUGGAACAAAUCCUCAAAGCAGAGAAAGGCAUCCACUAUAACCGGAAAUGAACCAUGCGGCUUUUGUAGCACUGCAGAAGGAGACACCGAAAUCUUCGAUGGGAUAGAUGAGUGUCCACAAUGUGGAGCUUUGUUGAACACUUCGGCAAGCCCGCAGACCCAAGAUUGCGAAAUGAAACUAUCGUUUUAUGAUGGCAACAUGCUUGGAGCUUCGGGCAGAACACCGAUGGCGUGGCCUCCCUUGGCUGGGUCUUCUAUUGCCGGGAUACCCGGGUUUUCAUCCAAACUCUUCGCCGUCGUCCAAAACAUCGAAGUUUCAUGCAGCAACAGAAGCUCCAAGAGCGUCGUGUUUUCAUCGUGGCGAUUGACCCUGGAUAUCCUGGACAGAAUGUUAUCCCAGCGAGGGAUAUCGUCGUUAAGAAUAGAUGGCCGGGUCAAACCUGAGGAUCGAACAGCUAUAAUAUCAAGAUUUCGCGAGGAUAUGGGAGCAUCCGCCCUUCUCAUGACGAUUGACUCAGGAGCUGUUGGUUUGACUCUAACCAACGCUAAUCGGGUUCAUAUCGUUGAGCCGCACUGGAACCCAGCUUUGGAAGCACAAGCUAUUGCAAGAGUUCUUAGGAUGGGACAAACUCAAACUGUGACAAUUGUCAAGUAUAUCACUGAGAGGACAGUGGAGCAGAAUAUCGUAAAAUUACAGGAGAAAAAGAGCCGGAUCGCCAAAGUUUCUUUAGACAGUACAUCCAACGGGGAUGCCACUGGUCUGCUUGAUGAUUUGAAGUUUGUUUUGGAUGCAUAGAGGAGAAGAAGGGAGUUUCAAUUUGAGAUUAAUUUACAGACUAGCUAUCUCAAUAAAUAUUGAGUCGUAUUUGGUACUUGA